AGAUGGCGGCGACAGCGGCGGAGGCCGUGGCCUCUGGCUCUGGAGAGCCCCGGGAGGAGGCCGGAGCCCUCGGCCCCGCCUGGGAUGAAUCCCAGUUGCGCAGUUAUAGCUUCCCGACUAGGCCCAUCCCGCGUCUGAGUCAGAGCGACCCCCGGGCAGAGGAGCUUAUUGAGAAUGAGGAGCCUGUGGUUCUGACCGACACAAAUCUUGUGUAUCCUGCCCUGAAAUGGGACCUUGAAUACUUGCAAGAGAAUAUUGGCAAUGGAGACUUCUCUGUGUACAGUGCCAGCACCCACAAGUUCUUGUACUAUGAUGAGAAGAAGAUGGCCAAUUUCCAGAACUUUAAGCCGAGGUCCAACAGGGAAGAAAUGAAAUUUCAUGAGUUCGUUGAGAAACUGCAGGAUAUACAGCAGCGAGGAGGGGAAGAGAGGUUGUAUCUGCAGCAAACGCUCAAUGACACUGUGGGCAGGAAGAUUGUCAUGGACUUCUUGGGUUUUAACUGGAACUGGAUUAAUAAGCAACAGGGAAAGCGUGGCUGGGGGCAGCUUACCUCUAACCUACUGCUCAUUGGCAUGGAAGGAAAUGUGACACCUGCUCAUUAUGAUGAGCAGCAGAACUUUUUUGCUCAAAUAAAAGGUUACAAACGAUGCAUCUUAUUUCCUCCGGAUCAGUUUGAGUGCCUCUACCCAUACCCUGUUCAUCACCCAUGUGACAGACAGAGCCAGGUGGACUUUGACAAUCCCGACUACGAGAGGUUCCCUAAUUUCCAAAAUGUGGUUGGUUACGAAACAGUGGUUGGCCCUGGUGAUGUUCUUUACAUCCCAAUGUACUGGUGGCAUCACAUAGAGUCAUUACUAAAUGGGGGGAUUACCAUCACUGUGAACUUCUGGUAUAAGGGGGCUCCCACCCCUAAGAGAAUUGAAUAUCCUCUCAAAGCCCAUCAGAAAGUGGCCAUAAUGAGAAACAUUGAGAAGAUGCUUGGAGAGGCCUUGGGGAACCCACAAGAGGUGGGGCCCUUGUUGAACACAAUGAUCAAGGGCCGAUACAACUAGCCUGCCGGGGGUCAAGGCCUCCUGCCAGGUGACUGCUAUCCCGUCCACACCGCUUCAUUGAUGAGGACAGGAGACUCCAAGCGCUAGUAUUGCACGCUGCACUUAAUGGACUGGACUCUUGCCAUGGCCCAGGAGGCAGGUGUUCGGGGCGAGGCAGGGCAGUUGACACUCCACUCCUAUUUGGAGGAACUUCAUACCCUUGCCUCUUGUGCCCCAGCACCUUCUGUCUCUGCCCCCCGCCUAAAGUCCUGCAUUCAGUGUGUGGAGUCCCAGCUUUUGAUUGUCAUCACGUCUGUGUGUAUGUUAGUCUGUCCACUUCGGAAUGUGUGUGCGUGUGUGUGCAUGCACACGCAUGUAUGUAUCUGUUCCCUGUUCCUUUUGGGUCAGGCUGUCACUUCUGGCUCUCAGCCCUAUCUCCUGCAACCUCAGUGCCUCAGCCUGGGAGAGAGAGAGGAGAUGCUCUUGGACUCCCCACUGCAUCUGGGCUGCAGGGCCAGAGCUAGUCUGACCAUUAGGUCAGUCUGCCUCCUGACAGUUUUUGUAUAGUCAUGCUCUAGGUGGUGUGGGAAUGGCUACUGGGACUAAUGGGGUGAAAGAGAGAGGAGGCUUGCCUUUGAGAGCCUAGAUAGCCUUCCUGUGAGAGAGGAUUAGAUAGGGUUCCAACUGGGCCUACAAGCUCAAGCCAUACAUAAAAGGAUCUUGGGACAUAAGAACCAAUGAUUGUGCAUAAGUUCCAAAUUACAGACACGUACAAUUUCUCUCUUUCAGCACCAGCUCUUGCCCCUAUGCUGGGUACCAAGGGAGUUCUCCUAGCUGUGGCUUCUCUAGGUUCUAGGAGUGCAAGCCUGUGUGUGUGUGUGUGUGUGUGUGUGUGUGUCUCUCUCUGUGUGUGUGUAUCCACACUACGGGUGCAAGCCUCUGUGUGUUUUUGUGUGUGUGUGUGUGUGUGUGUGUAUCCACACUGGCCAGCCUCCCUACUUACCAAGGUUCUCCACUGCUUACCUUUUCCAGUGGGACAGUACAGUGUGAGCCCCUGGGAAGUACUGCCUGACCUAUCCUAAGCUUUUAUACUUGGAUUUUAGCCAUCGUAUGUUAGCCAGGUCUCACUGCAGCCUGCCCGAGGCUAACUGGCUAGAGCCUCCAGGCCCUACAAUGCUCCCUGCCCAGGCCAUAUCCUUUACUCCUGUUGAGCUUCCUGGCUGAAUAGAUGAAAUGGGGUCAAGCCCAGGCAGCUCACUCACUACCUGUGAUCCACCUCAGGGCACGGGCAAACACAUAGGCUUGCCUCUUAAAGCCAGCUCCUCUGCCAGACGCCAUUGUAAUGUGCCACAACACCCUCAGUAGUCAGGGCAACUGGUAGAGCAUGGAAGUUGAAUUUCCUUUUCUGUUAGGAGCUACUCAUGGGAACCCCUCUCAGAGCUGCAGCUUACAGGUGGGCAGCUGUGAUUGCACAACUUGAAGGGCGAUCAUUCUCAUCUAUUCAGUGGGAGUGGGGCCUCUGGGAUUGGGCAGUGUGGUGGCCCUGUGUCUCCUCACCUCUGCUCCUGUCUUCCUUUUCUCUCUGGAAGGGAAGAGGAGUUGGAAGGUCUCUGGUUUUCUUUUCUUUUCUUUUUCCUUUUUUUUUUGCCAAAGGUUUACUUCCAGCAUCUGAGCUCUGGCUCUCACCCCUGAAGCUCAGUUUAUAGUGCACUGAUGAACUAACUGAGAGGAUGCGUGUGUAUGCGUGUGCAUGCCUGAGUGUGCUUUUUGGGGAGGGGUGUUUAUUUUUAGUACCCCAUUCUGGGGUUCUCUGAUGCAGUGUGGAUGUGAAGACAUGGUAUCUUCUGAAGUGUAGCUCUUUCAAAUAUAGUCAAUGCUGGGAAAUGUGA